AUGCAGCAGUCGGAUAACACUGAGGAAGUUAACAGUUUCGCUCGAUGGCAGAAUGAUGAAUUGGUAAGUAACUGUUUACAAUGCCAUUCGACGUUUACAUUUUUAUUAAGAAAGCAUCAUUGUCGUUGCUGCGGCGGUAUAUUUUGUUCCUCGUGCACACAGCACUUUGCUUAUUAUGACAAGCAUAGGGUAAAGGUCUUACAGAGAUCUGAAGGCAACUUUGAGUUCUCUCCUUACCGAACAUGUGACUCCUGCUAUGAAAACCUGCUACAAAGAGGUUUGCUAUUAUCUCAGUGGGGUGGAUCUUUAAUGAGCAUUAAUUCAAGAAAUCAACUACGAACUGUAAGCAAUGUUGGUGAUUCCUCAUCUUUUAUGUCAUAUUUUAGAAACAAUGUUGUUAAGGACGAUACUAUAAGGGAGACUGUCGCGGAACAAAGCGACCUAAGUAGUACAACGGCAUCCGGGAGAGCCUCUAGCGUCGCAUCGGAAGAAUACAGUCGAUGUCCGAUAUGCAAUAUUGACUUACGGUCUGUCAGUGAGGACCAAUCUGCAGCUCACAUACAGAACUGUGUUGAAGAAGCUGCGAAUAUUCAGCAACAUCAGCUGUGCGAUUCAUCUUAUGCGGGUGUAAUCCCUAAUCGAAUCCUGGUUUAUUUGAUGUCUGAACAAUCAUUUGAUGUUAAAACUGAACUUGUAGAGUGUCCAAUUUGUUUUGAAGAGAUGGAGUCGGGCCAGAAAGUGGCACGGUUGGAGUGUUUAUGUGUGUUUCACUAUCGUUGUAUUAAAAGUUGGCUAAAGAAAAAGUCCCAGAAAAUGAACAGAAGUGGCUGGGCAUUGCAGCUUACAAAGAAUUUCUGUCCGUUGCACGAUGCUAUAUAUUAA